UUUUUUAUCCUUCCCAGAGAUUUCCUUUUUUAAUUUUUUCUUCAAUUUUCAGUUUAAAUAGAGCACCAAAAAUGGCAUAUAGAUAUCAAUAUUAUAGCAACUUUCAACAAUCUCCACAACCUCUCUACAAACAGCAAAGCUUUCGAAUGCAGCCUGAUCAUCUUAUUCGAACUGUUACGACAUCAAAAAUUUUGCAGGAACAGCGAGCGGCUGAGGAAAAGGCUAAAGCAGCAAUGCCGCCUUACGGGUUUUUUUUUUAUUUUUUUUCUGAGUUUACUUGAGA